GUGCAAAGGUCUCACUUUUUUUUUUUUUUCCUUCAACGUUACAGUACUACCCGUUUUCAAAAGUAUCCGGAAACGCGCGGCACAAGUGCUACAGGUACAGUGCAACACGGCCGGUUGAAAUGGCUGCCGGGGACAAUAUCGCACCAGUAGCCAAGGCAUAAGUUAGUAGUUGUUCCUCAGCUCAACCCCCCACCAAGAGCCUCAACUUAUUUUCCGACUACCCCAUACCGACGGGAAUCGUUCCGCUUCUGCCAAACAACCUCUUUUCAUGCCAGUAAGCCUACGUCCUGCUCACAUGCUCAUCCAUCACACAAUAUGGAGGAUUGGGGAUCUCCGUGGGCUGAUGAUGAGAAACUCGGUGACAAAGACGACAGGCCCGGAAGAAAACUUUCGCCGGGAGUGAAGGAUGCCGAGGGGGAGGAGGAGGGUAAAAAUCUGGGGAAGAAGGGAGAGAAAGAGGCAGUAAUAACCCCUGUUAUGGAGGAGAAACAGGAUGUUGGGGCAGCGGACCUGGCGGUGGAUUGGGACAACGGGUUUGCUGAUUCGUUGGCUUGGGCGAAUGCCACUCCGGCAGUGCAGGUCGAGGAUGGAGAUAGCUUUGGAUGGGGGGCUUUGCGCUCGGAGAAUUUCACGGGGGCAGGGGCAGGGGGGGGUGGUGAUUCGGGGGAAGAGGGAGAAGGAAGAAUCGAAGAUGACUGGAGGGGUAGCAAUAAGGGCGAGGGCCCCAAGACUGCCAAUCUUCACCCGAUAGCUACCGAUGAAGUCAAUGCGUGGGGUGCCGGCUCGGAUUGGGGGGAUCCUAGAACUCCCAGGACUCCAGAACCUCGAAUUGAGGGAAUGAACGAUGCACUGGGUUUAUCCUCAGAUGAGGUGGGGGAUAAUACCCCUGAUGGGGCGUUCGAUGCAGAAGUGAAAGCUCCAGAUGUCGAGAGACAUGACCAACUCAUUGAUGCAGCAAACCUCCUGAACAGUUCUACCAAACAGUUGGUAAGCGAUGGGGAAACCCAGAAUGUGGGACAGAGCUCGGCAGACAAUUUGCAAGCAGUUCUGGAGGCCGUUUCAGACCCCACUCCUCCGAAGACUCAAGAGGACUCAAAGAACGCCAGUCCACCACCACUAGAACCCCAUCUGGCCACCUCGCCGAUCUGCGGGGCAAACUCUCCCAAAGACGGCUCCACGAGUGUUACUGUUAGUGACCAAGGUGAUGACGACGAUGAUUUUGGGGACUUCGCAGCGGAAGGCGGGGGGGGAUUCGAGGAACCCCAAGCUUCCAUGCCGGAGCCAGUACUUCCUGCUGCAAUCAAAGCACCUCCGCCGGACUCUUUUGGGAUAGAUAUCUCUCUUGUUUCAAAGUUGUACCCGAUCCCAACCAGCCGCCCAGACCCGCCACCAAUCAAGGAAAUUAUCUCAACUACAGAUUCCCGAAAAACCUGGUAUCGGCUGUCGGCGAGCGGGACCAUUAGGAGGAACCGUAGCGGCGACGACGACUACGUUCGGGUUAUGUGGGUUGGGUCGAAGGUGCAGGAAGGUGUGAACAAGAUUGUGGAGAAGUGGAUGACAGAGGACAGAAAUUCGGGAGGGGGUAGUUUGAUGGGUGGGGGGAAAAGGGUGAGUGCUAUGUUUGGAUGGGGGGACAGCAGCUCGAAGACUUCAGAUCAGAAGCCAAUCUCUCUGGAGAGAGCCGUCCCGCAAUUACCGAGCAGAGGCCGUUCUCGCAAGGCAAGUGGUCCCAGACCUGUUUCUAUCUCCACACAAAGUCUACUCUCGAAACCUGCCUUAGUUGGGAUUCCGAGUUCUUUAGAGUCGGUGGGCGGUGGAUCUGCUCCAUCAAACCAGGUUGCAAACUUCGGAUGGGGUAGCACGCAACCUCGGCCUGGUGAUGAGAAAACACCUUCUACACCAUUAAAGACGAUUCUCCAUAGUUCGACAAGCCAUUCGCUGUCGCCCCAACUAACCCCCCACAAAAUAUCACCAGCACCUCCCCCACCGCCUACGACUCCUAGCGAUUCAGCUGGGAGUUCGAUGGCAGCAGCAUCAACCACUCUAUCUCCAACUCUUUCACCAACUGCGGGUACCAAAAAUUGCCCCAUCGCUCCGGCCCCGGAAUUUCCCCCGACAGUGGAUAAUUCGAUCACAGCAGAUCCUCUCCCUGCAGGUCUGCCCACUGAUGCGCAAGCACCCGGUUUAGCCUCCGCAUCCGGCUUUGAUGAUUGGAGUGCUUUGGAGAACAUAUCGGCAAGUGCGCCACCUGCAUCUGCAAAUAGCCAAUCGUGCAGUUAUGACGAGCGGGGCGCAUUCGAAGGUCUUGCAGUGUCAGGGAGUUCUUCCUCAGCACCCAAAAAAGUUGCUCCAGCGAUUGGAUCACAAAAUCCCCCUGUGGCAACAAACCUCAAGCCCGCUGUCCCAGCACCAAUGCCACCGGCCCAGUCCUCAUCCGAAUCAGAUAGGAAGCUCAACUCAGCUCGAGCAGCACUCGAGCCAGCUGAUACAGCUAUCGAUGACUGGGGUGAUCUUAAAUCCUUGUCAUCUCAACCCCCGAAAUCCCAAACCCCAUCAAAUAUAUUGUCUUCACAUGUCCCCAUAGAUCAAAACACUAAUUCGCUCGCCUGGUCCGAAUCGAAAGAUCUGAAAACCUCUCAAUCGGGUCUAGUCGAAGGUUCUCGAGAGGGCUCAAGGCUUUCGAUUCCUCCAACUCCAAAUAUGUCGGGCGGUGGGAGCUUUAUUUCUGCACCGAUGAACGGAAGCGCCUCUGAUGGUAUCAAAAAGAACCCUGUCAUAUCUAAUGUGCAAACACAACAAGACAGCGAUGAAGGUGAUGAUUGGGGCGAAAUGGUCCAAUCGCCAAUCAUACCUACAGGAGUUCCCGGCUUUCCAGAAGCACUAAGGGUGCCAGCUCUUGCUUCAUCACAAGAUAUCACUAGUCUCAACGCUUCGACCUCGCCAGCGCCACUGAUCCCUCAACCUAUGCUGACACUAGGCCCGGCAUCCGUACCGCCUUUGGCGUCUGCUCAAGCUAUACAACCAACAUCGGCACUUUCUGCUACCUUGAACCCGAGCGAUUUUGGGCAAAAAUCAGGAUCUAGCAUUGGAGAUUCUUGGGAUUUAUCCUUCUUCGAAGGGCCCCCAACGCCUAACAGUGGCUUCUCCAUUCCUAAGGAUAUCUCAGAGCCUGCUAACCAAGAUCUGUGGGACACGCCCGCUGUUGCGCAAGGCAAAGUCCAAGAGUCAGCGGAUGACAGGGCAGUCAGAGAGAUUGUGGGAGGGUUGCCAGAUCUGAGCUAUAUGCUCGGCUGAGGAGGGCCACGGGCCCUUCGGGAGAUUUAAAAUUCAAACUGUAAUAAUAUACGUAGGUCAUUAAAGAGAUGUAGUUUCCCUGUAGUUACUAGUUUGUAUUUUCUUCGCAUAAUAUGGAGUUUACAUGGUUCUGAAGAA